CUGACAGCAGAGAUUCAGAUAGCUGUGUGUGUGUGUGUAAGCUGACAGCUGUGUGAUGCUAGCAUGUUAGCUUCGGGGUUUAGCGUAUGUUUAGCCGCGUUUGCUCUUUAACAGUUUGACCAAAUCGUGUACAUCGGUUAUGUGAGCAAAGCGAGCUGGUUCACCCCGAAACCAGCUCUCUAACGCUAAGUUGUUGUUUUGUUUUAUAGCACUAGCGAGCUAGCAGCUAGGAAGCAAAUCCUCCUGGAAACCGUAGCUAGCUGUUACAGGUUAGCUAACGUCUUCAUGGAGAACUUUAAAGUGUUAGCCAAGCUUUCAAGAUUGGUCGUAAGGCUAAGUAAUGUGAACAGACUGUAGACCGGUCUGCUAAGGUAAAUGUUGAUUAAAUGGCAAAAACUGAGCAGGGAAAUGGACUUGAUUUGCGGCGCAGCACAGAGAAGCUGACAGAUAAUGGGAAAGGAAUCUUGAAUGCAACCGACCCAGAGGCAAACGGCAGUGUGGCCCCCAGGGAGACACAGGUCGACAAGUACGGCUUCAUAGGAGGCGCACAGCAGUACUCUGGAGACUCUGCUGAACAAAUCCCCACGGAGGUGCUGAGGCAGCGGGAGGCAAAAUGGCUGGAGAUGCUCAACAGCUGGGACAAGUGGAUGGCCAAGAAACACAAGAAGGUGAAAGAACGCUGUCAGAAGGGGAUCCCUCCAUCCCUGCGUGGCCGGGCGUGGCUUUACCUCACUGGGGGCAAAGUGAGGAGGGAGCAAAACCAGGGCAAAUUCCAGGAAUUGGACAAUCAGCCAGGAGAUCCCACAUGGGUAGAUAUUAUUGAGAGGGACCUCCAUCGACAGUUUCCCUUCCAUGAAAUGUUUGCAGCAAGAGGAGGUCAUGGGCAGCAGGACCUGUUCCGCGUGUUGAAGGCUUAUACUCUGCAUCGUCCUGAAGAGGGUUAUUGUCAGGCUCAGGCCCCCGUUGCUGCUGUACUCCUGAUGCAUAUGCCAGCCGAGGAUGCAUUCUGGGUUCUUGUCCAGAUUUGUGAGAAAUACCUUCCAGGAUACUACAGUACGGGUCUGGAGGCAAUCCAGCUAGAUGGGGAGAUCCUGAACGCUCUGCUCCGACGGGUGUCUCCUGUGGCCCACCGUCACCUGAAGAAGCACAAGCUGGAGCCCAUCCUUUACAUGACCGAGUGGUUCCUGUGUGCCUUCUCUCGGACUCUGCCGUGGGCCUCAGUGCUGCGUGUAUGGGACAUGUUCCUUUGUGAGGGAGUAAAGAUCCUCUUCCGAGUGGGCCUGGUUCUGCUGAAAUGCAUGUUGGGAUCCCAAGAGAAACUGAAGGCCUGUCAAGGCCUCUAUGAAACAAUGGAGCUGCUCCGAGCCAUACAGCCGCAAUACACGCAAGAAGGCUUCCUGGUGCACGAGGUUAUUGAGCUGCAGGUGUCUGAGAAAGACAUUGAGAAGGAACACCAUGCUCAGCUGCGGUGCUGGAAGGAGACUCACGGAGAUCUACACUGUAAGUCCCCUCUCAGGAUGCAUGGUGCCAAGGCCAUCAUGGCUGCCGAACCGCCCAGCCGGCAGGACCUGAGACAGAGGCCCACCAUCAUCGUGCAGUCUCCCCUGGCACCCAUGACAGACGGGGAGAAGUCAGAGGAGGUAAAGGGAAGUACAAAGACUAAUGAAGAAAAACAGAAGAAAACAAUCCCACCGCCGGAGAAGAUCAUUAAUCCUUACCUUCCUUCCACUGGCCCCGACCCUCUCCUCAAACAGUUGACCGUACAAGGGUCCAAUGAGAGUCUGAGCAGCGCAGAGCAAGACACUUACCUGUAGCGGCAUAAGUAUCACCAGUUUACUAACAUAAAUCAUUCCAUACAACCUUUACUAACCUGGCGGUGACACUCGUCAUCAGAGUUGUCAGUGACAUGACAAACCUGUCCAUGGCGUAGUGUGUCUGUGGCAAUCGUGACUGAUAGGUUUUAGUAAAAUGGCUAUUUUUUUAACCAUGACACUCCAGAAAAAGUGAUGGAAUUGGAACAUUUGUAAAAGUAAACACAUUUUCAAAGCUGGAAAAAAUGCACUUUCUCAGCAGUCACUAUAAUACUACAUUUUCUUUGUCAUUUAUGCAUACAGGUUUUUGUUUCCUGCACUUUUAACUACUUAAAUGCUCCGUACUUGUAUAGCGCCUUUCUAGUCUUUUCGACCACUCAAAGCGCUUUUACACUACAUCUGCAUUCAUACACUGAGCCUAAGUGCUCAAACGGAAACUAAC